ACAACCCACAACUAUUAAUAAUAGCUGACCAUAAUUACGCAGAUAGCUUUACACCAAAACAGAUCACACCUUUCAACACAGACUUAUUGUCUUAUCUGAAUACUAAAUUUGUAUACCUCGAAUUCACUGUUAAAAGAACAACGACCAAGUUAUACGAAGAUUUAAUAAGAAAACAGUGCGAACUAGAAAAACAGAUACUGCUUCAAAAACUAUCCAUUGCUUCCUAUUCGCUUAGUGAAUUUGCGUAUUUAAUAGGAGAGGGACCAGGCUAUACAGCCAUAAAAACGGGAGAAAUAAUCUACCUACAAAAAUGUGUUCCAAUAAACGUCAACUUAAACUUCCAAGAUAGAUGCUUUAACGAACUACCAGUCUCCGUCAACAAUAAAACAUACUAUAUGACACCAAAAAAUCACAUACUGCAAAACUUUGGUACACAAAUAGACUGCAACGAAUUUAUACCAGCUGCUUUCGCAAGUGAUGCAAAAAGAUGGAUUGCAUUAACUCCAAAACCUCACAAAAUAAAUCCUCCUCAAAAAUUGAAACCAGCUACCACACUAUCCUGGUCUUAUGAAA